AAAAAUAAUAUGAUAGAGGAUAGUAGCCCCAAUUUGUACAGAAGACAGAAGGCAUUCAUUCGUGAAAAAUCUAGUUCCUUAAGGUUUAUGCUCCCGAAUACUUCACAGAAAAAAAAAAGUGUCAGGUAUUCAAAAGCUAAAUAAAGUCGUCAAAAAGGCUAGCAAAGUUUCCAGAGGAAGUUUAAUAGACUCUGAGCGCAAUAAGGACUCAACCCCAAUCAGGAUGAAUCCAGUCAAGUUUAACAAGAAGGCAUGGAUUACCAAGUCUAAAAAUCACAAAAUCAUUAUUGAUACUUCAAAUUUCCCAAAAAUAGAUUUCAAACAUUUCAAACGCAAACUCAAGAGUGACAAGCAUAAAUACAGAAAUAAUCUACAAAAGUUCAAGUACAGUAAGGAGCUGAUCAAGCAUCUUGACCAUUCGAAGAAUAAGGGGUUUAGGCUCAAAUCCAGACGACGUAUAGACAAAGUCAAGUUAAGCGAUAGCGUUCUUGAUAACUACAUCAAUCACAAAUUACUUGGCGAUGACUUGCAUCAUCAGCAUCGAAAGCGUAAUAAAAAAAGUUUCAAAUCAAAAAUGAAUAUGAAGAAGACAGCCUCAAGCCCAGCAUGCUCCAGCCACAGAGGUUUGAACCUCAGCAAUGCUUCAUCAGAAUUAUCUGAAUUCGAGAAUGAUUCCUCAUCCCAGAAUGAAUUCGAAUUCGGAAAAUAUUUCAUGCCCAAAGUGGAUAUAUCCCGUAACAAAAGUAUCAAUAAAACUCAGACCUGAGUAGAGCUCCUUCAGAAGAAUUACUGAGUCAGUCAAAGAAGGUUAUUCCGGAACCCUUUGUGUUCAUCGAUCCCCAGAAUUCCAGUAAUGGGAUUGCUUCUGAACUCCAGUACGAACUCAAAGUCAACGACGAAUUUCUCUACCAGGUUCAGUUCAAGGAUCGCACCUCGGAAUAUCAAAGUGAAAUUGACACCAAGAUGCUUACUGAAUCGCAGGAGGAGGAUCAGUGAAUAACGGUCUUAAAAACCAUCCAUAUUAAAACAGCAAUGUUGUUUA